AUGCAAGUGCAAGAUUGCCUUAGUCUCGAUUUUUACGUUGACUGGAAUAUCAGGGCAUACAAUCCAGGCUCGCUCUACAUUGCCGGAUUCGCUCAGUCCGGUGAUCCUCACGCUGGGCUCAUCCUCUCCAUCGACUCCAGCAAAGGUUAUUUUGCGCACAUCAUGAUCAAGAACGAUGCUUGGACUUUUCAGUCCAGGGAGCAGAAUGUUGCUAGGUCAAUGUCCUUGAUGAGCCUGCUGAAGAUACAUGAUGUAUCCGCAGGUGUCAUCACGGCAGCUCAGUUGGAGGCCGCUGCGUGCAAGGUUGCAGUACCUCCUGGCUCUGAGAGUGGGGAAUGUUUGAAGUGGGUCCUGUCCAUUAUACAAGUAUUGCACGCAGAGGGCAUCAUUACCCUCACUUCCGUGGAUAAUCUCACUCAAGAGUUCUCAAGCUUUGCCCUCGAAAACUGUUCCUAUGCAGAGAGGUCCAAAUUCCCUAACAUUGGGAUCUCCGCAUACUCCACUUAA